CAGUUAUUUUCAAAUUGUUGAUAAGGGUGGACUUCGUGGCGGUGGGUUUAUUGCAGAGCGUACUCGACGACAUUGCACUCGACGCGGUUCGGUUUUCGUUUAAGUUCAACACACAUAUGUACAUGUAUAAAUUUAAAUUAGAAGUGAUCAAAAAACAUCUAACUUAUUCAAAAAACAAAUAAUUGUUUUUCCAAAAAACUCAAAUUUUUGUGAAAAAAAAGUCUACGAUAUGUACAUACUUAAGAAGUGGUAUAAAAACAAACAACAUGAAUGUACAUAUGUACAUAUUUAAAUAAUGUAAUUUGGAAAAUAUCUUAAGGUGUAUAAAAAUAAUUAUGUUUCAAUAAACUAAAGUCAAAAUAAUAUAUCAUAAUAAACAAAACCGUUUUCGUCUAGCUAGCUUUAUAAAAAAAUCAUGCAUGACUCACUUCAAGGAAUUAAAGCAGCUUUAACCGGAAGACGCAUUAAAAAUCAAAAAAAAAAAAAAAUUGUACAUGUAAAUGUUAUGAGGCGCACAUAGUCAAAAUAAAUAUUAUUGAAACUACGGAAUAUUAUUUUUAACAUUUUUUGCCACCUGAACAAAAAAAGUUUGUUCUUUGAUCUUGUUUGUCUAAAAAUGUUUCCUUUAAAGGAAUUCGUUUUUUUAUUUUGGUUUUGGACUUCAUCAAUAUUCUUACCAAAGGCUUAUAGUGAAACAGGAUUACAAGGGGUACCCACAUGGAUAUCCCUUGGUCUUAAGUCACCAUUUAUAGAGUUUGGGAGUCAGGAAGAACAAUUGGCUAACACAAGUAUACCCAUUAAUAUAACUAAAGACGAACAAGCCUAUAUGCAUCAAGAAGGCUUGCGCAAGCUAGGAACAUUCAUUAAGCCUGUUGAUCUACGAGACUCCGAAACGGGUUUUGUAAAACAAGAUCAUACAAAAAGACUUACCUUAACUCCACCUAAUUUGCAAUCACGUUACAUUCAUCCUAUCCAGGAAGAAAUGGAUCAGAAAAAUAUAAUACUUCUUGAUGAUGAUACAGACGAAAACGGUCUGCCUGCUAGUUUAACUGAUGAAGAUCGAAAGUUUAUAGUACCAAUGGCCUUAAAAAAUAUAUCACCUGAUCCCCAAUGGGGUAACAGUAAUUUACCUACUGUUCGACUUUCUAAUACAAAAGAGGCGAUGGAAAAUGUUUCUGAUAGACAAAAUAAUAAUCCCACAGUUCACAACGGUACACCUAUAACGCAAGAAAUUGACCCAACGUCCAAUAUUGAUGAUUUAAAGAAACAUAUUCUUUUUUUGCAUAACAUGACAAAAACAAAUACAAACUUUGAAUCGAAGUUCGUAAAGUUUCCAAGCUUGCAAAAAGACAAACCCAAGCAAAUUGGGACCACAUCUGCCACAAACAAUAAACGUCCUCAACGGCCUUUUUUUCAGUAUGCAGCACCAAUUGCACACCCAACUCGUAAAAUGCCGCAAGACCAUGAAAAUAGCUUCGGCCGGGAAGACGAAAGCAACUUAAAAAAUGAAAAAAGCUUAAAUAAACUUUCGUAUUUUCCAAAACCCAUUAACAAAUCUAGUUCUGUAAUGCUUAUAAAUGAAGGUACAUUUUUAUUAAAGCCUCAAAUGAAUUUAUUAAAUAAAACUGAAUCAUCAACAAAGGAGAGUACAAAUCCUUUAACUAAAAAUACAACUGAUACGGAAACACCUUUACGAACAACCAAAAGACCUGUCUGCCUUCGAAAUCCAGAUUCACCAAAAUGCUUACGUCAGCGUCGAAAGGAGGAACAACAGCGGCAAAGAGAUCGUGAUGAAUGGUUUCGAGGACAAGCUGAAUAUAUACAACCGCGGUUUCAGCCAAUUAUUCAAACCAUCAAUAACACAAAACGAUUUGCCGUAUCCAUCGAAAUACCGGACUCCUUUAAAAUACAAUCUGACGGUGAAUUUCUUUUAAGAGCUCAACGAUCGCCGCUCCGUAGUCGUAAGCCUGAUGAAGUUUCUGAAGAGGACAACUUUGAAAAUCGUUCUCGUAAAACAGAUAAUUUUAAUCAAGAUAUUGUGAUGACAUCUGCAGAAAUAGCUAGCGAUCGAGAAUUCGUUAUAACUAAUAUAGAAAAAAACGAUUCGACUAGACAAAAUAAGCCUAAAAAUGAUUCAUCUAAUAUUCCUAAAGAUUAUUUUGAACCAAUUGAUUUGAAUCCAAAAAAUUGUUAUAAAGUAAGUGGCUUAACGCCGAAUCAAAAAAAACAAUGCAUAAAAAAUACGAGUGUGAUGCCAGCCAUUAGCCGAGGAGCACGUGCAGCAAUUCAAGAAUGCCAAUUUCAAUUUAAAAAUCGCCGUUGGAACUGUAGCGUUACUGAUGAUGAAACGGUGUUUGGUCCUAUUACAAACUUAGCGGCACCUGAAAUGGCUUUUAUUCAUGCUCUGGCAGCUGCAACUGUAACUAGCUUUAUAGCUCGAGCAUGUAGAGAUGGUCAAUUGGCUUCCUGUGGUUGUUCGCGAGGUUCUCGACCCAAACAGCUUCACGAUGAUUGGACUUGGGGUGGAUGUGGUGAUAAUUUGGAGUACGCUUACAAGUUUGCCACUGAUUUUAUUGAUGUUCGGGAAAAGGAAGCUAACAGAGAUGCGCAGCCUGUUACUCGCAAACAAAUACGAGAAACAACAAUUGGAUCUUUAACUUCAGAAAAAACACUCAAAAACUUCCAAACAUCACAGAAAAAUUCCACUGAAUUUUCAAGUAGGGUCGAUAAUAAAAUGUCGCUAUUAAAACCGAAUGUUGCACAAAUGUAUAUCGCCAAUGAAAACAAAAAACCGAAUGUUACGGAAGUACAAACUGGUGGUAAUUCUGACGACAGUUCAAAAACGUAUUUGUUAGAGCUUCAGCAGCGUAUUUCUAAAAAAAUUCCUAAAUCAAAUAUAAAAGGAGAGGAACUGCUAGAAUUACAGGACCAAAUGAAUAAUAAAAUUGUAAAUUUGAAGUUUGUUAAUGGACAUAGUAGUACUACGCAGCGACAAAAAGGAAAACGAAAAAAUCAACGAGCUGUACACGACAUUGGCAAAUUUGUCCCAAAUACUGGCUUUAAAGCCAAAGUCAAUUAUGAAAUUGAAACUAUUUCUCGUAGUCAACAGUCUACUGCAAAAGCAAAAAGCCUCAUGAAUUUACACAAUAAUGAAGCUGGUCGACGAGCUGUAAUUAAGAAAACUCGUAUAACCUGCAAAUGUCACGGAGUUUCCGGAUCGUGCAGUUUAAUUACCUGUUGGCAACAAUUGUCAUCCAUACGAGAGAUCGGUGAUUAUUUACGUGUAAAAUAUGAAGAAGCUACAAAAGUCAAAUUGAAUAAGCGUGGACGACUCCAGGUUAAAGAUUCUCGGUAUAAAAUACCAACAGCUCAUGAUCUGAUUUAUUUAGAUGAAAGUCCAGACUGGUGUCGAACUAGUUACAUGUUGCAAUGGCCAGGUACACAUGGCCGUGUUUGUCGAAAAAACUCAUCGGGAUUGGAAAGCUGUGCUAUUCUUUGCUGUGGUCGAGGCUAUAAUACAAAAAAUAUUAUAGUUAAGGAACGCUGUAAUUGCAAAUUCCAUUGGUGUUGCCAUGUUAAAUGUGAAGUUUGUACAAAGGUACUCGAAGAGCACACGUGUAAAUAAAACCAUAUUUAAAAGUAGUCCAUAAAAAAAUAAACUAUAUAUUUAUUAUAAUAUAGAAAAAUAUUAAAUUUUCCAAAAUAUUUUAUUUGAUUAAUUUUUAUAGACUGGAGUUGAAGGAAAAUAAAGAAGGGUAACUAAAUUCACAUAAACGUAUUUUAAACCCAGUCCUGAUUAAUUUAUAUAUUAAGCUUAAAUUCUUCAAUGUUAAUAGCAUUCAUUUCAUAUUACUACGUACAUAAUUAUUAAAAAUUAAUAAAAACUGAUUUUAAAGUAUAAAUAUAGUUAAAUGUAAACUAAACAUUAAGAGUAGUUUAUUAGUAUAUACAUAAGUGGUAGAAAUCGGCGGCUAUUUUUCAUAAAAAUACUGUGUAAGACUUUUUCUUGCAAUCGAGAAUAUAUUUUCUUUUCUUAUGAGUAAAUACCAUCUUUAUUUUUUUUAAGAACGAUGAGCUGUAUGACGGCAAAAGAGUUUAAAAAUGAUAAUUUUAAAUUUUAGCUAUCAAACGCAUUUUAUAAAUUUAUCGAAUAAUAAACCUUAUUUAAGUCGAGAGACAGUUCAA